GUAAAUAAGUUUAAAAUAGUAUACAAUGGCUGCCUCCGAAAUCGACGAGGCCCUGGCCUCUUUGGAGAUGUUAAUGUCUGAGUUUUUUGCUCCUACAACAAACAACUUUCGCAAGAGAGAAAUUGAAAAUAUGUUAGAAAAUUUUUCUAACGCAAGAGAUUCGUGGAAGCAUUGCUUAAUAUUUUUACAGAAAUCACAUAACCAAUAUGUGUUGGUGUACAUACUCACCACCCUGGAGAAAAUAAUAAACAGACAAUGGAUUAUAAUGCCGGAAAAUGAAAGGACAGAAAUUAGACUCACAUUGAUGAAUGAAUUGAUGACAAAACACAAAGUAAUGGUUUAUUUUAUAAGAAACAAAUUAGCCUCUCUUCUGGUGUCCAUAGCGAGAUACGAUUGGCCACAUUUAUAUCCAGAUUUUUUCGAGAACAUUAUUGAGUUGUUGCGAUGUGAGGGUCACAGUUGUAUAUUGGGGCUUGUUUUGGCACAAGCUGCAAGUGAAGAGCUAGGAGCAGGGAGAGAUACUGGAGUUCUGCUGCCUUCUGACAGGAAAACUACUUUGGAGCGCCUGAUGUUGAAAGGAAUGCCACAAAUGCUUCAAGCACUUAGUGCCAUCUUGGAAAACAAUGCUCAAAAAGAGGGGCAGUCAAAUCCACCUCCAUCACCUACUAGUGGGAUGCCACAGACAUCAGUUUUGCCAGAUUUGCUCUCCAACACCCAUGAUAUUCAUAAUCCAGAAAAAACAUUAAAUAUGGAAAUAGUUGUGAAAUGUCUCAACACACUGCAGCAUUUAUUCUCCUGGCUACCACUUUCAUCGCAUGUGCCACCCUCUCUAGUCACUACUGUAUUUUACUGGGGCAGUGUUGCAACACAAUCACAGAGUGCGGAGGCAGCCUUGGCGGGUCUGGGUGGUGUGUGCGAGCUGCUGUACCGGCGGUACGCGCCGCCGUCGUCCGCGGCGACCGCGCUGCGCCUGCAUCACUGCGCCCUCCGCCUACUGCGCCAUCUCGCAAGCCCACAUCAUAUGCAACGCACGCCUAUUGACUACCUUGACAAGUUGGCAGAAUUCCUAAAACUAUUUAUCUCCCUGCAUUUCAAGAGGCUGGAGGCGGAGCCAGAAUUUGAUUCAUUGGACUUUUUGUCCUAUUUAUUCCGGUUUACAUUCCAGGUACCCACGUGUUCCACUUUUGUGAGCUGUUUGGAGAUUUGGAUACAGUUUAUUGAUGUCCUCAAACCUGAAGACACAGUGAAGUACUGGGAGGCCCUGCAGGCGCUCGUGGUUGGUGUCCUCAAUAAGAUACAGUUCCAGCACAAUAAGGCACAGCUCCAGCAUCUAGACAACGACACAUGUGAUGACGAUGGUGAGACUGAAUGGCAGACAUUCCUUAAGCACUGCAUAGAGUGCAUCGCUCGUGUAGCGGACAUAGCGCCUUUAGAAGUUUUUACGGCGGUCAUGGACCAAUGGCAGUGUCUGGCGGGCGUGCACGCUCGCGCGGCGGCGCGGGGGGCGGGCGCGGGGGCGGAGGGCGGGGACAUGGAGCGUCUGUUGGCCGCGCUACUCGACCUGGCCACCCUCACGCGGCUACUAGGCCGACUGGCGCCAGCGUUGCUCGACACUACGGGCACUAAUACCACCGAGAACGAGAGUCGUCGUUGCUGUGCGGGCGCGGCGCUGGUGGAGCGGUGUGCGGGCGCGCUCGCCGGCGCCGCCCUCACGCGCCCGCACCGCGCGCACGCACAACCGGCCCUCGCACACGCUCACGUUAUGUUGCAUGCAGAGAUGUUUGCAUGUAUGGGUGCAUGGUGCUGCUACGCGGGCGAGUGUAAAGUUCCGAUGUCCACUAUGGAGAGUUUGGUCAACUCCGCCGUGCCUUUUCUAGUUCCACACGAAGUUCCUGAGCCCCCGCUGUUGUGUCACGCGGCGGCGCACCUGCUGCUCAGCCUGUGCAAGAACGUCAAGUUCCCCGCCGACCCCGUGCUCAUGCUGGCCGACCUGUACGCGCACGCGCAGCGCUCGCUGCACUAUCUAGAACCAAAGACUGCCGGAGUGGUCCGUGAGGCGCUACUAACAGCGGCGCUGUCGCGGGUCGCGGGGGGCGGGGCUGGUAGUGCGGGGGGUGGGACGACUAGCGCGGGGGGCGGGGAGGCGGCGCGCGCUUUACUCGCGGCCUGGUCCACCGCGCUCACUACAGCGGGGCCCGCCGUCGCGCUGCCCCCCCUCACCGCGUUACUACACGCGUUCGCGCACGCACCAACGCACGCCAAAAAGAUAAUAGCGGAGGGUAUCCAGGGCGCGGCGGAGACGGCGUUACGUAUGUUGUGCGAGCCGGCGUACGCGCCCGCCGAGGCUGAGAUCACCGACUUCUUUCUCGCGCUGUUCACUGCGCUACUGCCGCAACUCGGCAACUUCACUUACACUGCCAUAGACGCCUUUUUAGAAGUGGCUCAAAGGGAGGGCGUGGACGGCGAGGGCUGGGCGUGCGCGGAGCGGCUGGUGGAGUGCGUGCGACUGGGCGUGGAGGCGGGCGGCGGCGGCGUGCGCGUGCGCCCCGUGCUGCAGCUGCUGCACCACGCCGUGCUGCCCCGCGCCGCCGCACCCGCCGCCGCGGCACUGCAGCGCGCCGCGCAUCGCUUGCUCGCUAGCGUCCUAAUCCACCGGUGGCGGUACUUCUUCCCCCACAAGUGCGAGGGGGGCGAGGGGUCGCGGCGCGUGUCGGAGCUGCGCGGCGCGCUGGCGGCGCUCGGCCGCGCGCUCACCGCGCCUGACAUCGAGCUGCUGCGCCUCGUGCUGCACGCGCUCCACCAGCUUAAUACCAAGUGGAAGCUCUAUCACAAGGCGCUAUUCCGCAGCGAGUUCCUGGCGGGUUUCCUCACGGUGAUAGUGGGCGGGUUGGGCGAGGGCGGGGCGCGCGCGCUGCUGCGGGACGAGGCGCUGGCGGCGGCGCACGCGAUGGCCGCCGUCGACUUCGCCGCGUUCCGCCUCGCCUUCCUGCCGCACUUCCUGCGGGAGCUGCCCGGCUUAGCGCCAGAACAUAUACAGCAUCUGCCGGAGUUUCCGCCAGACACGGACCUUCCUACAUUCACUCAGAACAUACAGCGGCUCAUGAACGACGUGAACUUCUAUCGUGCCUACAACUCGCUCACCGCCACUAUGAACUCCUAACGACUGUCAAAUAUCUAAGUUGCUGUGAUACAAUGUACAGAUAACCUGGUAAAUAAUAAUGUUAUGUUAUUGUAAAAAUCUUGAGAUGGGCAAACCUUUACUGACUUAUCACACCGGCGAUUAGCGAGGGAUUUGAAAGCGACGCGAUUGCGCGGCGUGCUCGUCGCGACUGCGCAGCAGCGU